UCGCUUUACGCUUCUGUACACGUGAUACAUAAAUUAAAAGAUAAUGUACUUAUUCGUUUUAUGAAAUCAAUCAAUUUAAAUUAUUCAAUAAGUGAGUGGUAGAGGAAUAUAAUAUAAUGGAAUUGUUGCUGUUGUCACCUUGUUUGUGAAGACCGUUGAAAAUAAUUUAACUUUAAUGCCGGUGAACAGAAUGACUCAAUGGAAACAAAUUCAGCAGUUAGACAUCAAGUUCCUGGAGCAGAUUGACUACUUCUAUGAUGACACCUUCCCGAUGGAGGCUCGGCAGGUGUUGGCCAACUGGAUCGAGGGGCAAGACUGGGAAGCUGCAGCCGACCAUGAGUCAAUGGCCAAUGUGCUGUUCAACAACUUGCUGAUGCAGCUGGACCGACACUGUUCCCAGGAGCCCAACUUCCUCCUCCGGCACAACCUCAAGAGAAUCACACACCAGCUUCAGAUGAAAUACAAGAGCAACCAUGUCCAAGUGGCUGUCAUCAUCUCCAGUUGUCUGAGAGAGGAGAGGAGGAUCAUCUCCUUAGCCAGCAUACAGGAACAGGGGCCCUUGGAAAAGUCGAUGCAGAAUUCUGAAGCGUUUGAAAGGCAGAAGAACCUGGACAACAGAGUGGCUGUGAUUCGGAGUAGUGUACAGAUGAUGGACCAGGCAGUGAAGUACCUGGAGGACAUGCAAGAUGACUUUGAUUUUCGCUAUAAAACUCUCCAGUCACGAGAGGCUGUGCGUGUCUCCACAGAUUCAGUCGAGAGGAACUCGCAGUGCACGAAACAAGAAGUGGCCUUGCUCCAGGAGAUCCUCAACCGCCUGGACUUCAAAAGGAAGGAAAUCCUGUCUAAGAUGACCGAUGUCAUUAAGGAGAUCAAUGACAUGAUGAGCACACAGCUGAACCUGGAGCUCAUGGAUUGGAAAAGGCGGCAGCAGAUCGCCUGUAUCGGAGGCCCAGUUCUCACUGGAAUGGACCAGCUACAGAACUGGUUCACAGUGACCGCUCAAAGCUUGUUUCAGAUCAAACGACAACUAGACAAACUGGGUGAACUCAUCCACAAAGUCACCUACGAGAGCGACCCCAUCCCCUUACAGAGGCCGCAGAUGGAGGAGCAGGUCAAAUUCCUCAUCUAUCACCUCAUCAAAAGUUCCUUUGUGGUGGAAAAGCAACCCUGCAUGCCUACCCACCCACAGAAGCCACUAAUCAUCAAAACGCAAGUGCAGUUCACCACCAAGGUCAGAUUAUUGGUGAAACUGCCUGAGGUGGACUAUCAGCUGAAGGUGAAGACCACGUUUGACAAGGAUCCGCCCCCAGGCAAAGUGAAUAGGCAGUUUUUCAUUCUGACCCAAAACACAAAAGUGAUGGAUGUGGAGGAGUCCUCCAAUGGUUGCCUCUCAGUAGAGUUCAGACACCUGCAACUGAAGGAAAAGAAGUUUAAUGGCACCAAAGGAAAUGAGGGCCCCCUCACAGUGACUGAGGAGCUUCACUCUCUCAGCUUUGAAGCCCAGUUCUGUCUGCAAGGAAUGACCAUCGACCUGUCGAUAUGCUCUCUGCCUCUGGUGGUCAUCUCUAACGUGAGCCAGCUCCCUGCUGGGUGGGCGUCUGUCAUGUGGUAUAACCUGCUGACUGAUGAACCAGAGAACAUGUGUUUCUUCAGUAACCCUCCGCGGGCCACAUGGAGCCAGCUCUCAGAGGUGCUCAGCUGGCAGUUCUCCUCCUUCGCCGGCCGUGGCCUCAACAAAGAGCAGCUGAGUAUGCUUGGUGAAAAACUCCUAGGCCAGCAGCCUGUACACAAUGACUGCCAGGUGUCCUGGUCCAAGUUCUGCAAGGAAAAUAUUCCUGGGAAGCCUUUUAGCUUCUGGAUAUGGCAGGAUUCCAUUUUAGAUCUAAUUAAGAAGCACUUGCUUCCUGUGUGGAUUGAUGGCAACAUCAUGGGCUUUGUGAGCAAGGAGACGGAACGCGCCCUUCUGAGGGAGAGAGAGUCCGGAACCUUCUUGCUGCGCUUCAGCGAGAGCCACUUGGGUGGGAUCACCUUCACCUGGGUGGAGCAGGCAGACAAUGGGGAGGCUAAAUUCAUCUCAGUGGAACCCUACACCAAGAACCGGCUCUCCGCUCUUCCAUUUGCCGAUAUCAUCCGUGACUACAAGGUUAUCGCGGAUGGUAUUGUGCCUGAAAACCCACUGAAGUUCCUGUAUCCUGAUAUACCCAAAGACGAGGCCUUCGGGAAACAUUAUAACAGUCAGCAGAGCAAAGGCAAGAUUCACAUCUUUCCAUACUUUCCCAUGUCUCUGAUUCCAAUCUCCACUCUACCCAACGUGACGCCACUCCCGUGCUCCUCCCCGGAGCCCCCCAUGAGCCCUGGCAUGUUUCACGUCCUCAGCCAGCAACUCAGCCCCUUCGAGAUGGCCGCCAUCAGUUCUCCAUAGCCCAAGCAAUGGAGGAAUUCAGAGGAAUGUCCUGUUGAGAUCUUACCAACGUCUUUGUAUUUCUGAUGGAUGGACUGAAUGCUUGCGUGACAGACAUUUCUCCUGUGAUUGCCAAAGGCGUGCUUUGCCUGAAGUGCAACCUCUCAUUUCCAGUCUGUCAUCGCCUAAUUAUGAAAGGCUUUGAUUGUAAAUACACAAAGUGGAAUGUGACAUGCCAUGGUAAGAUGAGUCAUGUGAAAUUCAGGAAGAGAAACAACAAGGAAAAGAGAGAAAAUGUUGCAAUGAGCUUGACAAGCCUCAGAGUGCUCACAAACAAAAAGUUGAUUUUGGUUUGUUUAUUUGUUUCACGUCUGUAUAACGUUCGUGCUACGUUGAACUUAUUCUUUAGUAUUGCAAACACAUCGAGCUUUACUGAAACACGAAGCCAUGAUACACACAUUACUUAUGUUUCCCAUAUGUUUUCCCCAUAGUUACUGUAACCAAUUAGAAAAUGCUACAGCCAGGUACAUAUUAUUUGAGCAUUUUAUAUUUAGAAUGGCUGUGUUGACGUUCUCACAUAUGUUGACUUGGGUGCUUUGUACCUGUCUAUUCAAAGGUGUUUAUUUUCUUCUAUUCUUAGUCUCUACUUCAGUUGCUUAAUUUAAGCAUGUAAGUCAUUUCUGUGAAAAACAGGUUUUUUUUAUCCUACCUCUCAUGUACUAUCUGCCAAUCAUCUCACGAAUAAAUCAGAUGAUUUGUCUGUCAUUUUUCAAUAAAAUUAUCAAACAACAA